AUUUCGCAGGUGCUAACUAGUUUAAAGAAAUAUUUGAAGUAAGCAAAAGUUAAAUUUAUUGUGACAUCAAAUUUCUUUUAAAAAAAGCUAAAUAAGACCCAGUUGCUGCUUAAAAUAAAGAAAAGCAAAUUGAAAUGGAAAAUAUCAUAUAUAAACGUCAUCAAAUUCAUAUCAGCACAAAAAUCAAUGGUCGCGUUGUGACCGCCAGAAAACGCUACCUUGCGCCGAUUCUGUGAUUGCGAAAUCAAAAUACACUCACGCGCAAAAUACAUUUUAUAUAUAUCAAAUUACGAGUUUGUAUUUUGUCUGCGCGUUCAAAGCUGUGGUUAAUUUUAAGUACUCACUUAACAGAAAUCAUGGAGACUACCGAGACCGAUUCCUUGAAAGCCGUCGGGGAUACUACAGGUCAGGGUCCUGUGAAUGGCAUGGAUACACAGAACAAGCAAGAGGUAUCUGGAAAGAGGAAAAGAGAUGAAGAUGAACCACAACCUUCAGCAGUUGACUCCAUUGUUGAAGAGACUCAUGUGGAGUCUAAAAAUGAGCCUGAUCAUCCCGCAUCACCGGACUUCACCACUCCGAACGACAGCUUCCAAUCGGCCGUCGACGGGGACCCGGCGCCCGCCGAGGGAGCCGGCGGUGAUACGGGCGGACCGAGUCGCCGCUCCUCCCGCGCCGGAACCGCAACCCCGGCCGGAGCCGCCACCGGUGCUGCCAAAAAGGCGGACGAUGGGAACGACUCGGAUUCGACUACGGGCCUGGAGGAGGAUGAGUUUCUGGUGGAGAAGAUUCUGGAUUAUACCAGGGAAAAUGGUGUGGACAUGUUCCUGAUCAAGUGGAAGGGCUGGAACAACACGCACAACACGUGGGAGCCGCAGGAGAACCUUAGCUGCCUGGAGAUGAUGAUCGACUUCUUCAAGGAGCGGGAACUCGCGCACCAAAACAAGCGGCGGAAGACGGAACCCUCCAUGGCCAGGGAGGGCUAUGUGCAAAUGUUUGAAGAGGAAUAUUUGCAAAUGACUCCCAACGAGGUGGCAAAAGAGUUCUCUCAGCAUCUCGUCAAUGGCCAGCUGAAGUUUAAGGAAAAACUAAAACCCAUCAAGACGGUCCACAUGGAGAUCGAGUCGUUCGUUCGCCGUAACGGUCUGAAGCCCGACUCUCUGAAGGCGCUGAGGAAGGUCCGUCACCUGAGGGACCAGCUGCUGCAGCACAAGCUGGUCGAGACGCGCGAGCGGCAGCUGGUGCGACUCAAACAGUGGGAGGAUGACAUUAACACGGUGUGCUCGGACUCUGCGAAAAUCGUCGUGGAGAACGCCGUGGACCUGGCGCUGCCGCCCGACAACUUCGUCUACAAGAACGACUACGUGCCGGGCGAGGGCGUAGUGAUUCCCUCCGACCCGGUGAUUGGCUGCGACUGCACUGUCUGCUACCCGGGCACCAGCUGCUGCAGUGAGAAGGCCGGAGCGCCGCCCGCCUACACCAAGGCCGGCAAACUGCGGCUGCAGGUCGGCCAGCCCAUCUAUGAGUGUAAUAAGGCGUGUCGGUGUGAGAGCGACUGCUUCAACCGUGUCGUGCAGCGGGGACGCAAGGUGAAGCUGUCCAUCUUCCGCACCUCCAACGGAUGCGGCUGGGGCGUCAAGGCCCUGGAGUCCAUCAAGCGCGGCUCGUUUGUGGCCGAGUAUGUCGGCGAGGUUAUAACCAACGAGGAAGCCGAGAGGCGAGGAGAGAAGUACGACUCCGUGGGCGUCACCUACUUGUUCGACCUCGACUUCAACGACCACAUCAACCUGUACACGGUGGACGCGGCCAUGUACGGCAACAUCUCCCACUUCAUCAACCACUCGUGUGAGCCGAAUCUGGUGGUGUACGGUAUGUGGUCGGACUGCCUGGACCCGAACCUGCCGCGCCUGGCGCUGUUCGCCUGCCGCGAUAUCCUGAAGGGAGAGCAGCUCUACUUUGACUACAACUCGCCGCUGGGCAGCAACGUCUCCGGAAAGCCGCUCACGCCCACCGCAGGCGCGGCCAAGCCGCCCCCGACAGUCUCCGUGGCGCUCUCCCCUCCUCCCGCCGACGGCUCGCGCACUCCGCCGCGGCAGGAGGGCACUCCUGACGCGCCCUCCGAGGCGCUGGUCAGCCCCACCAAGUCGCCCCGCCGCCAGAUCGGCGGCCACCCGUCCGCCCGCAUCACCUGCAAGUGCGGCGCAAAGGCCUGCCGACGGUACCUGUUCUGAGGACGUGUCAUUCACCGCCGCCGCUGCCAUCGCGCACCUCGAGGGCGAGGUGGUUUUCUGCGCAUGCGCGCGGUUGCACCACUGCCAUGAAGUUGUACCUGUGAGGACUACUAAGCCUCUUUCACGUGGUGGAAGUGGUGAACGUGAAGAGACGUGAUCUCGUUCUCGAGAUGUGAUGCCGGAUGAACUGGUGGACUGAUGGCGUUCGCCAGCCAUUCAGUCAAUACCAGUCAAAGGAAGUGAGGACUGAGGAGUUGGCUGAGGCCGGCUAAGUCGAUACGAUUCCGUCGUAUUCAUCGUUGGUGACAGCGCCCUCUGGGCGAUUCCAAGCUGGACGUUGGAGCUGGACAAGCAUGCCAUUAUAUGUAUCGCACAAUGCAUCGCACAUGUUCAACGGCGCAAGCAUCUGUGUCUCUAGAAGCAAUCGCCUGAAACUAAUGUUCAAUCCGAGUUCAACUCGAGUGUGAUGAUCGAAAGAGGGGAGAGUUUUGGAGAAGCGUGUGCUUUCGCACCAGGUCGCCAUUGUGAACACUGAACUUGUGAACACUGUUCAGUGUUCACGCUGAACUACAUUCUGUGUUGUGCUGUCGAAUGUUGCCGGAUGGUAGGGUUUCAAGACCAGGUUUAGCAAUGCGAGGUGUGCCAAAAUGUCUGAUAUGCAUGCUGCAGUGUCGGGAUGCUCGCUUUUGCGGACCAUUCCACUGCGUGGAUGUAGGGCUUGUAAAGAUUCCGACUGAGAAAGACGACUAUUUUGACCUUGUUUUCAUCGAAAGUGUGGUCAAAGAUGGCCUGGUGUGUUGCACGUUUUGGAGCAUUUUCAUCGUUAGAUGCGGAAAGUUAUUUGUUUAGCUUAAUUUAAGCGGCGCAUGUGCGACCGGCUGAGCGUUUUACGCCGUUAUCCGCUGUCUCAUCUCACAAUAUCAUUAUCAUCAUUUGGGCGGUGGUCGGGGCUGGCGCCCGACCGAACUUCAUACCACGCUUUUACUUAGCCAGUGUCACGGAUGGCGUCACAUUACCAAUACAUGCGGACCGGAGAAGA